AUGAAGGCUCUAUCAUCUAUUGAAGCAGCAGCUGACUCUUUAAAAGAUGGAGCUAUCGAAUGUGAAAUGGUCCGUGUACUCCGAGAUCAUUCAGACAGAUUUCUAGUACUUUAUGACCACAUAUACAGGGAGCAAAGUAAAAUAGACUUUCUUAGACAGUCAUUAAAUCGACGCUGCAUUGAAUUAGAUGCAUUUGUUCAGGAACGAGAUAACGUUGGUGCCUUCAUAAGGAUGUGCUCAACACUCAAGCAAGUGAAUCUAGUUGAAUUGUUGAAGAAGACGGAGGUUGAUCCUUCUAAAUUGCUGAUUAAAGACCUUGUGCAAUCAUCGAUUGUCAGGGGUGAUGUGAUACCAGAGGUAAUUUUCUUUGGUCUUUCACCUGACUCGAAGUCAAUGGUCUUCACUUUAAGUCGACUUCGCGACUCCACUUUAUUGAGGCAGUUUUGGGAGCAAAAUGGAAGCAAAGCACUCACGAUUAUUGCACAAAGAGGAGGGCAAAAUACUUCUAUAACUGUUGCAGAUGUUCUGGAGUUAGUUUGGAUACCGUCUAAAGAGCAGCUUCUGUCUUUGAAACAGCGUUUUCUAAGUGGUGAAAUUCCGUUUAAGGACGUAGACAAGUUGCUUGAACUAUUCGACAACAAGUAUGAAGAUCUUGCGCAAGAAAUCCGCAUCAUUUCUUCAAACAAUGGACGACAAGAUCAUUUGCUCGAAGAAAAAAUCGGGCAACGCAUGAGGAAGAUAAAGCAGUACCACAAAUUACAUACUUGCAUGAAGGCUGCUGGAAUUAUGCUAAAGUUCAAGAACGCUGUCGGUCUUGAAGGUGACUUCCAAGACGUUGAAGUUUUGUACAACCAGAUGGACAGAAAUUUCAUACAGAGGCCGUUGCAAAGCAUGAAUGAUGCCUUAGAGAGGACGGGCAAUUUAUUAUCUGGAAUAACAGAUAACCACGCAAAAUCCCUUGAUGUUGUUACCCAAUGUCAAGACUUCAUUUUAUGGUUGAAGGAGACCAUCAAAGGGCCUCAAGAACUCAAGGUGCUUGUGGAUUUGGCAAUUAUAUCAGAUGCGGAGAAAGGCCUGGAAACUGCGAGAAUAACCCGCUUACAUGCUAGCUGCUUAGGAUUUGCUCCCCUUAUUUUUGACUUGGAAACUUCCUUUGGCUUCAAAGACUUGAUGGAAUUGUGUAAACCAGUGUGGAAUGCUGUGGAUGCAGACCCCGACCUCCCUGAUAAAUUGCUGGAAACCAGCCUUCAGAUAGAAUGGAUAAAGGGUGUCAGAACGUCCCACGGUUCGGUGGCCGUUUCCUCCCUGCUGGAGGCUGAGACAAUAAAUUUACAUGGCGUCUACUGUGUUGGAUGUCUUAAUGGAGAUACUUCAACAUCAACAACAAUGGAGCAACUGACUCCUGAAAAGGUCAUUCAACUCCGGAUGACUGCUGGUGACAAUGAGCAUAGCAAGAGUUACACUCUUAACGAUCUGAAGGAUUUGCAGAGCAAACUGAUGCUUAUUGCGGCCAAGGCAUCGAAAGGAAAAGACGAAAUAGACAGAUUUUCAGACAUUCUGCAAUGUGUCCUGCGACUUGCUGCAGUGUACAUUUCACUUUGCAAAGCAGGAGAAGUGAGUCAUCUAAACUGGAGACGUGAAUUUCAUUGUUCACCAAGACUUACCACGAACCACUCUCUGACAGAUGAGCUAAUGGGUGAAAGUGAACAAAUGGAACAAUGUCUUCAAGACUGGAAACGUGAAUUACGGGUAAAACGAUUGCAAUAUGGCCAAUUAAAUCACUUCACCACAGGCCAGUUGCUUUUCCUUCGGCAAGAAUUAGCAGUUGUGAAGGGAAGAGGUCCCAGAGCAGUAGAUGGUGUACCUCUUGAGGUGUAUAAUCUCUUGGAGAGUGUGUUGCCAGGUAUUGACCCAGCCACUUUGAAGUCUGCCCUUGUAUUCAGUGGCAUUUGUCCUCAAGAAAGUGGGCAGGAUAUCAUCAGGUCGUACGGCGUAAGCAGUGAAAGUCACCAUCGGAGUGAACAAAUGAGCAGACCUGUCAAUGCAAGGACACUGCCUUAUUCAAACCAAGAAAUGUUCCAAUCACUUGUGGAUAAGCUAGAGUCGCUUGGUUAUUCUGAAGAAGUUGCUAUAGCCGCGAUGGUCUCAUGCAAAGAUGCCAGUGAGGCAGAUCUUAUCGUUUGGAGUGUGAAAAACAGCGCAAAUGAGGAACUGAUCACUGCUAAAUACGCCGAGGCACUGAGUGAUCCAACGUAUGCGCGACUUUUAGAGGGUGAAAGCAUCACACCCCUUGAAAAAAAAAAAGGGUGUCUGUUUUUUAUUAGCACCCAUUCAAAGGGGGAAGUGGCAUUUGAAGAAGAAAAUUCUUCAGAACCUAUGGAAACUACUUUCACCUUCGACCAGACUGCAGGAGGAAAGUUUUUGAGUCUUGAUGACCUAGGAAAUCUUUUGCUUCAUCUAGCGUCACAAGGAUCUAAAGGACGAAGAAGGCUCAUUCCAAUGUAUCUCAAACGUGGAAAGCCUAAUUUUAUGGUUGUUCCAAAAGAUGACGUCAUUGGAACUUUACUGUCUUUAUACAUGCAUGACAGUUCACAGUCUCUACCCACGGCAGAGGAAGUUUUGAUCUGUACUCCAGACACAACGACAGAAGAGAUUGAAUUAUUGUGGCGAAGAUCCCUGGCAGACCACGAUGGCAGGUUGUUUUGUCUGGUAAACGUUGACCUUCUUGAUUACAGUGUUUCCCAAAAGGCUGCCGACGUCUUAAAUGUUUUUCUGCAUGAGCCUCAAUACAGUCGAAAUGAGGACGUGUCUCUUGUGGUUAUCUGUAGUUCCGAAAAUGAAGACAGAGCUCACAUGGCUGCAGCUCUUGAUCAGUACAAGCUUGGCACUAUUCCCCAUUGUCGUUCGUCCGGAGAGAUAAGGCAGUACCUGAAAGAACAGUUCAAGCCACGUACUCAACAGCAAGGAAAGUUCAGAGGUCGAACAUUGCCUUGGAUUCCUGCAGCUGCAUUAGACAGAGACGGGUAA